AUGACUCAUACUGAUAAUAUGGAUGGAGAUGAUAGUGAGGUGGAAGAAGUCCACACUAGCAACAAGUUUAAUAUGUUGACAACUAUGAAUAAAGACAUUAUAAUUGGGAGCGAAAUAAUGCAUGAAUGUAUGUUAGAGAGACAUGGUUUAUGGAAUGAUCUUAUUCACCUCUCAGCUCAAGUUCAGGAGUCAGGGUUGAUUGGAGGAGACUUCAAUGUGAUAUCAAACGUAUCAGAGAAAUUAAGAGGGAUGGAAAGAAAGGUAUCAGAUGCGAACAAUAUGGGACUUUCAUGCUUCUAUACAGAUGAGGAAAUUUAG